GAUCGGCUGUACUUUGCUACACUGCGGAGUAAACCAAAAAGUACCGUAAAUACCCACUACUUCUGCACCGACGAGGAACUGGUCUAUGAAAAUUUCUAUGGAGAUUUUGGACCUUUAAAUUUGGCAAUGUUAUACAGAUACUGCUGUAAACUGAGUAAGAAAUUAAAGUAUUUCAGCCUAUCAAGAAAGAAGAUCGUGUACUACACCAGCUUCGACCAGCGGAAACGAGCAAACGCAGCGUUUCUGAUCGGUGCAUAUGCUGUAAUAUACUUGAAGAAAACACCAGAAGAAGCUUACAGAACACUUUUGUCUGGAUCUAAUCCACCUUAUCUUCCAUUUAGGGAUGCUUCAUUUGGGAACUGCACAUACAAUCUUACGAUCUUGGACUGUUUGCAGGGAAUAAAUAAGGCCUUGCAGCAUGGAUUUUUUGACUUUAAGACAUUUGAUGUGGAUGAAUAUGAACACUAUGAGCGAGUGGAAAAUGGUGACUUCAACUGGAUUGUUCCCGGAAAAUUUCUGGCAUUUAGUGGACCACACCCAAAAAGCAAACUGGAGAAUGGUUAUCCUCUUCAUGCACCUGAAGCCUAUUUUCCCUAUUUCAAGAAACAUAAUGUCACAUCCAUCAUAAGACUCAACAAAAAAAUUUAUGAGGCCAAACGUUUCACUGAUGCUGGCUUUGAGCAUUAUGACCUGUUCUUCACAGAUGGAAGCACACCAAGUGACAGUAUAGUUCAGAGGUUCCUCAACAUCUGUGAGAAUGCUGAUGGGGCUAUUGGUGUACAUUGUAAAGCUGGACUGGGGAGAACAGGAACGCUGAUUGCCUGCUACAUAAUGAAGCACUACAAGUUCACACAUGCUGAAGCCAUUGCUUGGAUAAGAAUAUGUCGACCAGGCUCUAUUAUAGGACCCCAGCAACACUUCUUGGAAGAGAAGCAAGCAAUGUUAUGGCUGGAGGGAGAUCUCAUCCAAUCAAAGCAGAAACAGCGAGUCCUUGAUGGAAACAUUAACAGAGUUCUUUGUGGCUUGAAGGACAUUUCAAUCAGUGACAGCUUGAAUAAAGUGAAAGACUUGGAUCAAUACAGGCAGGGUGAGCUUGAAGACAAUGCAGAUGUGGAAGCUCAGGAUGGCAUGACGCAGGGAGAUAAGCUCAAUGCCUUAAAAACUCGGAGACGGACGUGUUCUAGUACAGCUGGAGCUCUGAGGCUGCAAGACACAAAACUACACACCAGGUCACGAUCACAACCUUUCAGACUCAAUACUUCAGGUAGCACAGAAGGAUCCAUGUCUCCUCUGAAGGCCUCCAAGGUGAUGGCAGUUAAUUCACCAUCUGCAGAAAGAAUAAGCAGAAUUUCUACAUCCUCAGGCUCUAACCUUAAAAGUGUUUCCAUACACUCCAGACUAGCCAGUUCUCUAGGGAACCUGUACGCUGCUUCAGAUGAUGAUGAGAGCAAACUGACAUCAUCGUCCUCUAGGACAGGUCUUUCUGUAAGCCAUAUCUCCAGCCACUUGAAGGGCAGCUUGCAGCUGCCUCACAGCAAUAACCAUGAACUGAACAACAACUUGUACAACAGAAACAGCAGUAGUGGCAGCAGCCUGAGCAGCCCAACCAGUUUCCCCAGCGCCGUGACAGAUGAGUAUGCAUCAACCUUCCUUUAUGGGCCCUACGACUCCUCCAGCACGAUCCCAGAAUCAAUGAAGUCCCUUCAGUCUGAGUAUGUUCAGUACUAA